AUGGAGGCGAAUAACAAUAACAACCGUGGCUUUACUUUACCUCUUAUUCUAAGUGCUCAGGCACAUCUUUUCAAUGUUUUGGACAAUAAGGACCAUGACCCAUUGGAACCUACCCAACAAGUGAAGGCUGAAUGCAGAAUUUGCCCAAUAAAAUCCAUAAUAAGUGGCAGUAGAAAUGCCACUGGAAACUUUUACACUCAUUUACGAAGAAAGCACCCAGCCGCUCUUAAAAAACUUGCAAAUUUAAAGACUAUGACUACAGAAAAACAAAAACAGCCCAACCAAAAAGUUGAAGGCUCUCCACCAGAUAAAAAGCUAAGACUAAACCCCUUCGAGCGAAUGCGCCAGUGCCAGAUGUCCAAAGAUAUGGUAGGUUUUUUGUUUUGUAUGAACACUUCUAUUGUUUACUCACAAACAUUAAAUUUAAGGGUGUAUGCAAUUCCUGACACGGUUUCCUGUCCAGACGAUACAGAUUUUCUUAAUGAAGAACUUCGUGUUGAUAUUGUAGAUAUUCCAGAUUUUAGUCUUAUUCAAACUGAUGACACAGAUAUGGAUGAAAUUGAAAUUACUUUACCUCAACAUUAUCGUUGUUGCUCACAUACUUUAAACCUAAUAGCAACAAAAGAUGUUGAAGCUGCAUUAAAAGAUGCAACAUAUAAAAGAGUGUAUCACUCAUCAUUUGCUAAAUUAACUGGCCUGUGGAAUCUUUGCCAUCGAUCAACAAGUGCAUCCGAUGCAGUUGAACAGAUUUGUAAAUGUAAAUUACUUGUUCCUUGUGAAACACGUUGGAAUUCAUUCUAUGACAGUGUGACUAGAAUUAUCACUCUAAAAGAUUUUCUUUCUGCAAUAUGUGAAAAACAACAGAAACCAAAAUUAAAAUCACCUGAAAUGGAGUUUUUAGAAGAAUACAAAAAUGUUAUGGAACCACUUGCUAAAGCCAUUGAUAUACUACAAGGUGAAGACAAAUGCUAUCUUGGUUAUGUUUUACCUACUCUUAUUCAAAUAAGACAAACUUUAAAUUCUCUGACUCAUUUAGUCUAUUGUGAUCCCCUGAAAAAUGCAAUUUUGGAAAGUCUAUCUAAAAGGUUUGGUGAAAUUUUAGAUUUAAAAAGCUCUUCCAAACAAUAUAUACUGGCUACCGUUUCAUUGCCAAAAUUUAAGCUUAAAUGGUUGGCAAAAACUUAUCCAUGUUAUGAUACAGUCAAAUCUCUAUUUCUGUCAGAAAUGGAAAGACUGUAUAAAAUGGCAAAAAAGAUGAUAUGGAAGAUUCUCCUGACAUUGAAAUGGAAGAAGAUGAUUUUUUUAGUAUCUUACAUAGCCCUUCCUCCACCAACAGCCAAAGUAAUAUUGAAAUACAUAAUCCCGAUCCAUAUCAAACUAGUGGGAAAGAAAUGUCUUCAUCAAUUUGUACUAUGCAGUUUCUGCAAUAUUUAA